UGCUUGUUGUUCCCGCAGAGAGGCGAGAAGAUGGCGGCCGUGUCUAGCGGAGGUGCUGCUGGGUCCGCGGCGGCUGCAAUUACGCACCCUGCCCGACAGACCCAAGCAGGAAUGGUCUCCCAGAACCGGGCCCCGCCGUCCUCUGGGAUCAACCCCACUGGUCGUACCACCACGGCCACCGGGUGCAUCACUAAUCCCGGGCACACUUCGGCCACCAGGCCCCCUCCAGCCCGAGUGGGCCACUACGAAAUCGAGCGGACCAUCGGCAAGGGAAAUUUUGCGGUUGUUAAACUAGCCACACACAUCAUCACUAAAGCAAAGGUGGCUAUAAAAAUUGUGGAUAAGACCCAGCUGGAUGACGAAAACCUGAAAAAGAUCUUCAGAGAGGUGCAAAUCAUGAAGUUGCUGAAGCACCCCCACAUCAUCCGCCUCUAUCAGGUGAUGGAGACGGAGAAGAUGAUCUAUCUGGUAACAGAGUACGCCAGUGGGGGAGAGAUAUUCGACCACCUGGUGGCCCACGGGCGCAUGGCAGAAAAGGACGCCAGGAAGAAGUUUAAGCAGAUUGUGGCAGCGGUCCACUUCUGUCACUGCCGCAACAUCGUCCACAGAGACUUGAAAGCUGAGAAUCUGUUACUGGACCACAACCUAAACAUUAAAAUCGCAGAUUUUGGCUUCAGCAACCUAUUUUCCCGAGGUCAGCUGUUGAAGACGUGGUGUGGCAGCCCUCCCUAUGCUGCUCCAGAGCUUUUUGAGGGUAAAGAGUACGAUGGACCCAAAGUAGAUAUAUGGAGCUUAGGUGUGGUGUUAUAUGUGCUGGUGUGUGGCGCCUUACCCUUUGAUGGCAGCACUCUCCAAAAUUUGCGAGCGCGUGUCCUCAGUGGAAAGUUCCGCAUCCCCUUCUUCAUGUCCACAGACUGUGAGUACUUAAUUAGACACAUGUUAGUUCUGGAGCCCAGCAGACGGUUGAGUAUGGAGCAGAUCUGUAAGAACAAGUGGAUGAGACAAGGAGACCCAGACCCAGACUUUGACAGGUUGAUAGCGGAGUGUGAGCAGGUGAAGACGGAGAGAGAGAUAGAGCUAAUCAAUGAGCAGGUGCUGAUGGCCAUGUCUGAGACGGGCUUGGACCGAGAGCGCACAAUUCAGUCCCUGCAAACAGAUGCAUACGAUCACUACAGUGCCAUCUACAGCCUGCUCGCGGAGCGCCUCAAGAAACACAAGACGCUGCGUGUUGCACCGCCCCCGCCACGUUCCAUUAGCUACCCUCUAAAUGCCGUUCAGCAGACAGACCAACCAGGUAAUCCUGUUGGCAUGACCGUGCCCCAUGUCCAGCUCAUCAACCCAGAGAACCAAAUUGUAGAGCCUGAUGGUAACAUGGCCCUAGACAGUGACGAAGGGGAGGAGCCGUCUCCAGAGGCAAUGGCUCGCUACCUUUCAAUGAGGCGGCACACUGUGGGGGUACCAGACCAAAGGACAGAGAUGCAGGAAGAACUCCAAAAGCUUCCACCAGGUUUCCCUCGUGGUGUGAUCCCUCAACCCCCCUUCCCCCAACUUGCCCCCACUAUGGCCCAAAUGCACACUCUCAUGCCCACACAGAGCUUGCAGCCUACACAGCAGCUGGAGUACAAGGAGCAAUCGCUGCUGCAGCCGCCUACCCUGCAGCUGCUCAACGGCAUGGGGCCCCUGGGCCGAAGAGCUUCCGAUGGCGGGGCCAACAUCCAGCUGCACGCUCAGCUCCUGAAGAGGCCCCGAGGGCCUUCGCCACUCGUCACCAGCCCGCAUCCUAACACCGCUGUAGCUCCAGUGGAUGAGGAGGGUUCAGAUGGAGAGCCAGACCAAGAGGCGGUGCAGAGGUACCUGGCGAACCGCUCCAAGCGGCACACGACGCACGUGCUCCCAAGCACAUCGCAUGGCGAGCCCUCGACAGAGUCACAGCGGCCCCAGGGCCCCCGCCAGAGGGCCGGCUGGGUGCCUGACACAUACGCCCGAUCCACCUAUAAAGACUGUAACACCCUCCACCUCCCCAUGGAGCGCUUCUCUCCUGUCAGACGCUUCUCUGAUGGCGCCGCUUCCAUCCAGGCUUUCAAGGCUCACCUGGAGAACAGCAGCCUCAUUAAGCAGCUCAAGCAGGAGUGUGAGCAGCUCCAGAAGAAGUAUGCUGCCCAGCAGGAUGAACGCUUCCUUGAGCACACCCAGCAGCAGCACAUCCUGUACCAGCAAGAGCAACAAAUCCUUCACCAGCAAAUCCAGGGUCUGUCUUUAGGCCAUGGAGAGAGCCAGCCCAGUCACUUAACCCACCAGCUCCAGAGGUUGCACAUCCAGCCCUCCAGCCCUCCGCCAACUCAUCCCAGCAACCACCUCUUCAGACAGCCCAAUCAGAGUUCUCCGCCUGGCUCUGCAGGCCUAAUGCAAGGGCAUGGGGCUCAGUCAUCGGUGCAGUACCAACACGGUGCUCCAGCGCUGUACCAGGGACAAAGUGGCAGCCCGCCCCCUACAGGCCUGCCUCGAGUCACUCUCCCAGCCAAUUCGCAGACAGCACCUGGCCGCCCUGCCGUCCCACUGGCACCGGGCGUACCGCAACAGCAGCAGGUGACCAUUCAGGUGCAGGAUGUGGAGCUGGGAGGAGGGGCACAGAGACCAGGCAGUUUCCUGUCCACACCGGGUGGACACAGAGUCCUCGGGAAGCAGCUCAGUGCAGACAACGCCGAGACGCACAGCCGCAGCCUCGGCCGUUUCACCUCCGCCUACGACCAGGCCCAUUUCAAUCCACACCUCUUCUCCGGCGACGCUGCCUCUCGGGGCGCCUCCGGAGUCGUUGGCUCCUACAACCCCUACCUGCAGGCUGCCUCCCUGAAAGUCCCCGGCCUGGAGGGCUACCAGGCUGUGGGGACCGGCAGCUACGGGACCCCCUCCACACUACAGCAGGCCCUGCUCUCCCCGACUCCUUUGGACUACCGCCCCCCGCAGCAGCACGUCACUCCCACCUUGCAGGGCCUCCUGUCUCCUCGGCAUUCUCUGACGGGCCACGCGGAUCCCAGGUUGCCCCCGCAGGACUUGGCUGCCCUCCUGAAGAGACAGAACCUCCGGCAGUGCCCUGCACCCCAAACCCCACCCAGCGGUGCAGCACAGGAGUUUGGAGAAAUGCUGCUCCUCCGCCAGCUGAGCCCGGGAGACACCCUGGAGCCCCCCGUGGCUCAGCCUGCCUCAGGGGGUCAACAUUACCACCAUCUCCUCCAAAUACAGCCCCCAGAGGUUCAACAGCAGCCGCAGCACGUGACGCAGGCACCAUGUCCCAGUUUACCACACUCGGAGAGCAUGGAAGAGGACGAGGCCCCUGCUGGAUACCACCACCCUCAUGAAGGCUUGCUGGCUAAAGCAGGAGACCCACAUGAGCUCCUGGGGCCCCCCCGAGGUGGCACCCCACCUUACAACUCCCCUACACACAGGCACGGUGCUUACAUAAGGAGUCCUCCUGCUUCAAGAGAGUCUGAGCAUGUAGAGUGCCGGCCCCAAGGACAGGCCAUGGAAGUGCCUGAUCACAACGGGCUGAACUAUCAGCGAGGCCCCCAAAGCGAAGUCUAUAGAUCUAGAGGGCAGCUUCAGCGUCACCACACCAUUCAGACCUGUGACGAUGCCUACGAUCAAGCAGAUCCCAUGUCUGGUAUGAGCCUCUUGGCAGGAAAGGCGCUCAGCUCGGCUCGCAUGUCCGACAUUCUCAGCCAGACGUCUCUGACUGGAAGCCAGCAGCUUCACCAGCGAGAGGAGUCAGUUUGCGAUGUAGAAGGGGAGCUCCAUGCUGCAGCCUGUUACCCGUCGUCCUGCACCAGUGACAUGCUCCUCAGCUACAAACCCCCAGAUCUGCAGUACAGCAUGGAGCAGGCUGGGGUCUAGCACAGGAGCCCUGUGUGCGUCGUCCAUAUCAGCCACCCUGAGUUGUUGACUUGAGUUGAGCAGCAUCACGCCAAACCACCGCUGUCUGUUCAAGCAGGGGGCGCUCUAUGUCCAUCUGUCUGUUUCCAUCUGUCCCUUCGGAGGGAGGGAGUGGGUGGGUUGGGCCAAAGGUGGGGUCCUUGGGGUUCAAAGGUCAAAGUGCCAGCAUUUUCUACACAGACAUCCAGCAUUGUUCUGUUGCAGGUCGUCUCCUCUUCUCACCUCUCAUCUUGGGUAGCUGGAGGUCUCACUCUCCACCCCCCCAACCCCCUCCCUUUCGACUCGCCGAGCUCACCUCCUCCGAUCGGCAACCUGGCCCGCUUCAAGCCCACCUGCAGCUCUGACCCGAACCUCCGUUCUUCCUUCACUCCCCCACCCCGGCAACUGUAACGACAUACAUUCAUUACGUGCCUGACUGGCCAGUGCAUUUACAUAGCAACACAAUCAAACACACACACUGCUGCCACAAACCCAAAGUAUUCCCAUUCGGAGUGAGUGUGUGUGUUUGCGUGCAUAUGAGCAAGGCGAAGGCAACGGGGCGAGGAACGUCGGGGCUGAAACCUUAGCAACGAAGGCCCCUUUCAGGUGUUUUAGGCCGGGCUCUGAAUGGGCACCAAAAACCGCUCCAUCCAGCGGCGGAGCGCUUCGAAAUCGCACAGGACAAAAACAGCUCUGUUCUUCUUUCUUUUCAGGCAUUCUGUUUUGUUUUUUUGUUGUUUUUUUUUAUUAUUAUUAUUAUUAUUAUUAUUUUAAGACUCAUUUUACAGUUAAUGUAGGCAUUAUGGUCAAUAUGGUUACUCUCAUGUUUUUCUGUAAAAGAUGUUUAUUAUAUGAAUUAUUAUUAUUAUUAUUAUUAAAGGAGAAUAGUUAUGUGUUGCGAGGAGGACAACAAAGUUCUUUGACUUAAUUCUGCACUUUCGGUUCAUUCUGUCCCUCUGGGCUUCCUGUCCUCUCCUUCAUGCUUCACCUGCUUUUUACCCCCUCACCCCUCUCCUUUUCCCUACCUUCUCCAUCUCUAUAACACCCCCUCCACCUCUAUGUUCUCAUCCUCCUCUCCCACCAUGUCAGUGACCGUUGUAUUGCAUUGUGGGUAGUUUUACCAGACAUUUCCUCCUUUCCUUGUACAGUGAUGCCAUGUAUAGAACGCUAUUACAGUUUCUGUAUCAAAUCAUAUUUUUUCUUCCAUUUUAUUUAGUUUUUUGAUGUCGUUGGGGAAGCUUUUAUUUUUUAUUUUUAUUGGUA